AUGGCAUUACAAAAAUCAGCAAGCUCAUUCUUGAAAUUGUUGCGGAAGUCGAACCACCUUGCAACCCUUGAAGAGGACGACUGUCACCAAAUUAGCCAAGUUCACCGCCUCGCGCUCGCCAUCAAGAUGAAAUUCUCCAUCUCUCUUCUGGCUGCGGCCCUGGCCGUCACCACGACAGCCAGCCCCAUCGCACUGGACGUCACGGAAGGCGAUGUGCUGAGCCGCCGCGCAGUCGGCACGACCGCCAACGAGUUCCUCGACAGCGGUUGCAAGGACCUGAUCUUCAUCUAUGCGCGUGGAACGGGCCAAAGCGGCAAUUUGGGCGAGAUGCCAGGCCCCGCAGUAGCCAACGGACUCAAGUCCGCCCUGGGAACCAACAGCGUCGCGGCGCAGGGCGUGACCUACGCCGCAGCGCAGGCGUCGAACCUGCUGGCGGGCGGGUGCAAGGCGUCCGAGGCGAAGACGAUGGCGGCGCUGAUCACGCAGGCGGCGACGCAGUGCCCGCAGGCGGCCAUCGCCGUGGCCGGCUACAGCCUGGGCGCGCCCAUGGUGCACCGGUCGGUGGAGCAGUUGACGACGGCGGUCAAGGCGCGUGUCGGCGCCGCCGUCACCUUUGGCGACACGCAGAAUGCGCAGGACGGCGAUCGGAUCCCGGGGUUUGAUACCGGGAAGACGCUGAUUCUGUGCAAUACGGGCGAUAGGGUCUGUGAUGGCACGCUGCAGAUCACGUCGGCGCACCUGGAUUACUCGGGGAAGGUUGAUGAUGCUGUGGACUUUAUUGUGAGCAAGGUUUAA